GGCGGUGACAAUGGCGGUAGCGGUUUGUGUGUGCAGCUGCCUCCCGCCGGUGGUGUGGGCGCAGCAACAGCAGCAGACGCCUGCGGACCAGCUAGGAGCGGAGACGGUGGGUGUAGCGGCCUCCACUGACCUAGCUGUUGCCGCCACAUACGGACACGGAGGUGGACAAGGAGGACACGACGACGGCAAGUACUUCAUGUACGCUCACCAGCCCUCCAAGAAGGAGUAUGAAUUCGGGUACAAGCGAGGCAACGGUUACCACAACAUCGAGAGGUACGAAAAGGCUGGACCACACCACAACUUCAAGACUAAGGUGAGGUGGGAGGACGCCAAGGGUGGCCACGGUGAACACUACUGGGACUACAACCACGCCCCUAAGUACCAUGACGAUCACCACGGCGACGACCACGGAGGGUACGGACACGGCGACGACCACGGAGGGUACGGACACGGCGACGACCACCACGACGACGGCUACGGACACGACGAUCACGGACACGGCGAUUACGGACACGACGACCACGGACACGACAGCUACGGACAUGACGACCACGGGGGUUACCACAGCCAGCCGGUACCAGAGUACGCCCACCCAGUCGCUGCAUCUCCUGACUCUGAACCCCCCACCGUCGCCGCCUCCAGCCGCACCGUGUCCCAGCUGGCUAAGAGGGAAGGCACUGCCGGGCCCAGCAAGGUGUACGAGUCUAGUGACGACUACAGGCCCAAGAAGAAGACCCCCAAGAAGGUCCAAAAUAAAGUAGGAGUAGAUAAGGACUCAGGACUGGGGAAGAAGAAUUAUCAGUACUACAACAAGAAGCAGACCUUCGAGUACAAGAAGAACAGUGGGAGCGCCGCUCCAGACCUCAGCAAAGAGGGAGAGAGUCUCUCAGCUUUCCCUGAACUGCUGGGCUUCAACCCUUACCUCCCCCCAGAGAUUGUCGGGCAGAGUUUCUACCCCCAGAGCGCCGUUCCCUCUUCUCCCAUCAGUAGCUCUGGCGGUAGAAGAGUAUCACAACGAGUUCCCGCCGUCACCCAGAGCGCCCCAGCACCUCGCGUCAUCUUCCCAACAACAGGUUUUGGUCACCGCUCUGGGCUGGAGACAGACGCCGCAGCUGUCAACACUAAGACCCCAGCAGCAGCGGGUGAAGAUACACAAGCCACAGAGUCUAAAGUGGUGAGCGCUGUGACUAAGUCGGUGGAGCCUCCUGCGCUGUCUGGCUUGAGCUUCGACCCAGAGACUGGUCGUGUCUACAACGAAGGAACUGGCGUCUGGUACACUCUCGAGCCAAUCCAGGACCCCUGAGAGCCUCACCUCCUUCCUCUGAUCCAUCACCAGAGGCCCCAAGUCAACAAAGUCUUCCAAAACCUCUAUGAUCCCAUAACUUCCAUUCUUCUCUUCAGUACUCAACAUUACCUCUGAAUUUCAACCGUUUGUUACAUAAACGUUCUCUCUGUCUCCAGCACAACCACUGCUCCCGUAACCUUACUUUACUGCAACAUAAACAGCAAUUUUCACUUCUCCUCUCUUAUCUUAUUGCCUCUGAAAACCACAAUUUAAAUUUACUCACCCUUGUAAACAAUCAACUUACCUCUCCACUGUUUCAUUAAUCUGUAAAAAAUAAAAAGAAGAAAAGGUAAUCGUUCACAGUCACCAUCACUUAAUACUAUAUCCACCAUAAAGUAUCAAUCACCUCAGACAUUCCUCUUUGUUACUCUCCUACACAAUUCACUGCAACUGUCGACACACAACUCGUCACCUUGGUCUUUGCUGCCUGGAUGACCUCAGUGUUCGCAAUAAUUGACCGGGUUACCUGUUUGAUAAAUUAG